AUGGGUCGAUCCGCCAUUGUCCAGGAAUAUGGCCCUCCACCCCUCGCCAACACAACCAUCACAUUUGACCGCAAGACUGCCGAUGAGGUAGCUCACGACAUUAUCAAGAGGCCGAAGGGUUACAGGGUGUCAUGGCACUCAAACGCAACCGUCGAACCACAUCAUUUUGGCCAGUCACAUCCCAUGAAGCCAUGGCGUCUAACCCUCACAAAGCAGCUCGUCAUGGCCUACGGGAUGCACCAUGCCAUGGAUCUUUACGUUGCCCGAGCAGCGACAUACGAUGAGAUGGCCGAGUUCCACAGUACAGAUUAUCUCGACUUUCUAAGCCAGGUUAUUCCCUCCGAUAUGGACAGCACAGCGCAGCAGGAUCGGCUCGCCGGUUUUAACUUUGGUGACGACUGUCCCAUUUUUGACGGCCUGUAUGACUACUGCGCUCUCUAUUCCGGCGGAACCGUCGACGCUGCUCGAAAACUAUGCAAUAAUCAAUCAGAUAUUGCCAUUAACUGGUCCGGCGGGCUGCAUCACGCCAAAAAGACCGAGGCAAGCGGGUUCUGCUAUAUUAAUGAUAUUGUGCUUGGUAUCCUUCAGCUGCUGAGGCACCAUCCAAGAGUCAUGUAUAUUGAUAUCGAUGUCCAUCAUGGAGACGGGGUCGAGCAGGCUUUCUGGUCAACAGACCGAGUCCUUACCGUUUCUUUCCACAAAUAUGACAAGGAUAACUUCUUUCCAGGAACCGGUCCGCUCGAUAGCACCGGGCCAACACACCCGCUCAACCCUGGUGCUCACCAUUCUUUAAACGUUCCAUUAAACGACGGAAUCGAAGAUAAUGAUUAUGUCAACCUUUUUAAAGCUAUUAUCGGCCCAUGCAUAACGACCUACCAACCUACGGCAAUAGUCCUGCAGUGUGGUGCUGACAGCUUAGGCUGUGACAGACUGGGCUGUUUUAACCUCAAUAUUCGUGCGCACGGUGCAUGCGUUGCCUUCACAAAAUCUUUUGGCUUGCCUACCCUCGUUCUUGGUGGUGGAGGAUAUACACCUCGCAACGUCUCCCGGCUGUGGGCUUACGAGACAGCAAUAUGUGUUGGGGCGGAAGAUCACCUUGAUCCCAAACUUCCCGAAACGCUCCCCUUUCGCAGUCAUUUCCAGCCCGACUUUUCACUCUUUCCGCCGUUAUCAGAUCUGCGAAAAGUUGAAAAUAAGAAUACCAAGCAGUAUCUAGAUUCUCUCGUGGAAGGGAUAUUAGAACAGCUGCGAUACAUCAACGGUGCACCGAGUGUUCAGAUGAGCGUUAUCCCACCAGAUAUAUUGGGUAUUCGGGAGGAAAUCGAGAAGGAAAUUGAAGAAGAGAAUCAGCUGAAUGAAGAGGAAAAUGAGGAUCGAGGGAUGAAUGGGACAUCAAGUCGGCGAAAAGAUGCAGAACGAGGAACCGCCAUCGCAGGUGAACUUUAUACCUGA